AUGUCCAAAAAACUCCCAACUAUAUCCGUAACUGCCGAGCAGCAUUCCACUUCUUCCUCAUCCUCACAUGACUCCGAUAGCAAUGAUAUGGACUAUGGUCAUAACAACGGCGGCGUCACAGAUGUUGAAGAUCUCGAUAGCCAGGCUGAGGUACUAAGACUCAGCUCUCGGCGCAGCUCUGGUAACGUAUCGCCAAGACUAAAGCCCCAGCAGAAAAAACCAAGUCCCCUUGAAAACGAUGUUACUGACGUGGAGGACUACGACACUGAAUCAGACGAUGAUGAGAAAAGCGUUGCUUAUCCCGAGUUGAAAUUGUCAUUGCGCGAAUUCUUACAGCAAGGAUUGCAAAACCAGCAAGCUGUGGACAACGAUGCUAAGGAGAGCUGUGAAAUCAAAGAUGGUAAUUUUCUUCAAGCACAAAAUCUGAAUGGCCUGGCCGAUUUAUUAACCGACUGCGAAGACUACGACACAGACUCCGAGGUGGACUAUGGCUGUGAAAAGUCUGUCUGUGUUGAUCUAGACAAUGCUGUGGGAGAUCAGGGACGUGUUAACAUUGCCGAUGGCGAGAAGCACGAAGAUGACUCUGACCAAUAUGAAGAUAUCUCCGUCGUUAGCGACAUUAGUGACUUGGCAUCCGCAAUGUCCGACUGCACCGGCAUUGGCAUUCAUGUGCGCGGCAAUUCUGAGGACGAGGUGCUCCAGGUAUCUGGCAGUGGCAGCGAAGAGGUAUGUCAAAUAGCCUGUUCGGGCUCUGAGUCUGAAUCGGGCGGCGCUGCUGCCAGGAGCGCGAGUAUAAGUGAAGCCAGUUUGCCACCAAUCGAUGUGGCCUUCAUAAACGCUAGUGGAGAGCACCGCCGGAACUCAAAGUCAACUCUGUUCAAUACUGAGAAAAAGCAUUUCCUGCAAGUGGCUCCGAAAAACGAAGAGGUACUCACAGAUAUUGAGGGCAUCGAUGAUUCAGCUGCAGAAGAUAGCUUUGAUGAGGAUGAGGAUGAACAGCCGAUUCCACGUGCUAUCAUUCUAGCCUCUGGGGACGAUGGCACAUGCCUAACUGAUGUAGAGGACAUGUACUGCGAUGACCUUUCACUUGCAAGCGCCUUGCCCGAAAUAAUUUCUGUUGCCUCCGAGGCAUUGCCAAUGCCCCAUCGCGAGGUCGUUGAGCUGAAAGAGGAUAAGAAUGGAGAUACGAUUACCAAUGUUAUGCCAAUGAAGAGCAAUUACGAGUUUGGUAUAUAUAACCACUUGAAAGACGUAAAUAAUACCGAUUCAGAUGAAUACUCGUGUGCCGAAGACCUGAGUACAAAUAUUUCACUUGCCGAGGAAAUGGCCAUGGGAGCAGCGAGUCUUAUAGAAAAUGAAGUCAUUGUCUCCAAUGAAUUGUUGAAACAGCAGAAUAAGCGUCUGGAGGUGCUUUCGAAUGCCGAAUCUGUGACUGAUGUAGAGGAAAUCUUUGUGGCAGGCACCAAUCGACGAAAGAAGAUGAAGACUCGCACUCUCAGCAAGGGAAAGAACAAGCUCCUUGAUAUUGUCAAGGGCAAAGAGGACGGCAUAACCGAUGUAGAGGACAUGGAACUCAGUGAAUGUGACCUACCGCCCAGCGUGAAGCGUGUGGCCCAACUGAAGCAGCAAGCCAAGGGCUACACUGAUUCCGAUGAACCGUCCACCGAUGAUGUAUCUGAUGGUUCGGAUACUUCCUUACCGCCAGCUGAACUACCCAAGGUAUCUCAGAACACAUAUAAAGUGCAGCCACUUCACUUGCGUUUGCUUAAGAACGACGCAGUCAGUCAGCAGAACACGGAUGUGGAGGACGUGCAACUGCCAUCAGAUGCAGAGGACGUACUCGAGCCACCGGUCAUCAAGGUGGCCAAUAGCAACAGCAAAGAGCUGAACGAUAUGCUGAAUGAGAGCUAUACCGUGGUACAUGAGAAAGACGGCAGAAGCUACAAUGUCGACGCCGAGAGGGUCCAUAUAAAAGGCGUGAUACGAGACGCCCAUACCGAUGUGGAAUAUGUUGAGUCCGAUGAGUCGGUCGCUAGAGUCGACAACUAGUCUUCAAGUAUCCAAUCCUUACCAAAUAACCAAUAUAACAAUAGUUGCAUAACUCGUAUAAGUGUCUAAAUAAGAUAUCUAAUAUAAUGAAUAAAUUCAACUGAAUAUUUUUAACACAUACACUCAAGCAUAUUAAGGCCUUACGAAAACAACAAUUGCCCCAACCAUUCUGCAUACAGAGAAUAUCUCUCAUACUUUUGAAACAGGCGGCGAUUUACCAAUCUCAACCGAUACCACUCCUAUACCACCGUCGGCUGUUGUCACAACAACAACAAC